ACAGAAGCCAUCUCAGUGUGCUAGAGGACCAUUUUUAAUCUGCACUGAAACACCCCUUUGCUUUCUCAGACAAAUCACCAACAUGUGCUGUUAGAACAAGAAUUUACAUUCUGCGAAAGAAGUUCACAGGAGGAAACAUCUGAAAUGGAAUUCAAGCAUUUGUUCUUUAUCCUGCUUUGUCAAGACUUGAACAAUAUGUCUUUCUCAGAGACAGAAGCAACUCCAACAGAGCAGCAGUCACAGUCUACUUUACUUACACCAUCAAUGUUAUAUGUUACAACUGAUUCUCAAAACACAGCAGGGAAUGCUCUGAGUCAAACAACACAAUUCAACAACAUUUCUUCUGGACGACAAGUACCACCUGCCCAAAUCACUACUGAACAAGCAACAACAGCUGUUUAUGUGUCUUCAAAACCACUUACUUAUAACAUCACCAGCCAAGCAGUAUCAACGGUCAACAACUCCUUCCCACAAACAUCACUAUCUGGGUUCACGCUGACCAAUCAACUAUCACCUUCUACCCAUAAUUCUACUAGACAACCACCAAAACCUCUUGUCUAUACUUCCAUACAAUGGCUACCAUCGCCUGCUCCUACCCCUUCUGGAAAACCAGUACUACAGACAACUCAUAAUCGACCCACAAAAUCAAUCCCAGCUAUUUAUUUACCAAGAGAGACACCACCACCACCACCACUCACUUCAGAACCAACGAGUGGCAAAGGAACUGCUCAUAAAACCAACCAGAAUGCAAUAGCUGCCAUAUUAAUUGGUACAAUUAUAAUUUCUAUGCUGGUAGCUAUACUCAUGAUUAUACUGUGGAAAUACUUGAGGAAACCAGUCUUAAAUGAUCAAAACUGGGCGGGCAGGUCUCCAUUUGCUGAUGGAGAAACACCUGAAAUGUGUAUGGAUAACAUCAGAGAGAGUGAGGUAUCCACAAAACGUGCAUCAGUUGUUUCACUUAUGACUUGGAAACCAAGCAAAAGCACAUUGUUAGCAGAUGAUUUAGAAGUUAAGUUGUUUGAAUCAAGUGAACACAUUAACGAUACCAAAAACCUCAAAACUGAGAAUAUAAAAGAUCAAAUAAAUGGUUUAUCAGAAGACAGUGCUGAUGGGUCCACAGUUGGUACAGCCGUGUCUUCUUCAGAUGAUGCAGAUCUGCCCUUACCACCUCCCCUUCUUGAUUUGGAUGAGAACCUAUCAGACAAGCCCACUAUGAUAGCUGUACCUCCUUUACCAAAGGAUUCUACCAAUCUCCAACCAUCUCCAGAUGGUCUAAAUCAAGUGUGUGAAGAUCAUCAUUCCGAGAUCAAAGAGCCAUUCCCACCACCCCCUGAUUCAUUUAGUGUGCCUCUGUCAGAAGAUUUUAUAAACAACCAAGAGUCUACCCACGAGGCUCAGUGCCAGGAGUUCUCCACUCCUGACCUCCACCAGGACCUCACAGACUCCCUGCCACCUCCACCUACAGAGCUUCUGUAAAGUGACAGUUUGCCUUCUAGACUGUCCUCCAUCCUGAGAUGGCUCCACCCAUUCCUGUCCUCAUGGUAUGGUAUACAGGAUAUGACAACUGGUAUCCAAGUAACUGUUACCUGACACCUGACUGAAGCCCAAGUACACGGGUAGAUUAUUACAGUGGUACACUUACCAACUACAGAAGUUUUUUUUUUUUUUUUUUUUAAAGUAGAGUGCCUUUUAUGUACGUCAAUGAUAGAUAUGUCAAUAACUUAAUCACUUUGAAAACAUAUGAUCUACAUAUACUUAUUGUUCCCAAUAGAUUUCCUUCCUGAAAAGCUGUAUAUAAACUUAUCUUAAAUAAAUAAAAUUCUAUUUUUCCACCUCAAAAUUUGGGGUAUAAUAGAAAUGAGAAAAUUU